CCUAGAACAUCAAAAUUAUUUAUAGUAAACUAUAAAGUGCAUACAAUACAAGAAGGAUUAACCUUUAAAAAACAACCAUGUUUGCUUACUUAAGUAAAAAAAUUGCAAUACCGAACAAUAUUCGUUUAAAUUGUCUUGCUUGGAAUGAAAAGCAAGGAUACAUAUCUGUGGGUGGUGAAGAUGGGCUUCUUAAAGUUAUACGAGCUGAACCCAAUGUAACGACAACAGAGGCUGCAACUGGUAGUGGUAAAAAUCGCUCUAUGACUUCAACAAGUAAUUUGAACAUGAAUCAAACUUUAGAAGGUCACAAUGGUCAUGUUCAAGUAGUCACCUGGAACGAAGAACAUCAAAAAUUAACAUCAAGUGAUCAAAAUGGUGUUAUUAUUGUGUGGAUGUUGUACAAAGGUUCAUGGUACGAAGAAAUGAUCAACAAUCGUAACAAAUCUGUUGUCAAAGGAAUGUCUUGGAGCUCCAAUGGUCAAAAAAUCUGUAUAGUUUAUGAAGAUGGAGCAGUGAUUGUUGGAUCAGUUGAAGGUAACAGAAUAUGGGGGAAAGAAUUAAAAAGUGUAUCUUUGACUGCAGUGCAAUGGUCUCCAGAUUCAAAACUACUUUUAUUUGGGUGUAAGAGUGGGGAAGCUCAUUUGUAUGAUGAUCAGGGUGUUUUUCUAAAAAAAUUAGACAAUAUAGGUAGUAGCCAUUCACAAGCUGUAGUUGCCAUUAGUUGGUACAAUGGUCGUAAUGGAUACACAGCUAUCAAUUGUCCUAUACUUGCUGUAUGUUUUCAAAGUGGUAAAAUAGUUCUGCUACGAGACACGAUGGACGAAAAUCCUAUAACAAUAGAUGCAACAAUGUCUAUUAAUUGCUGUUCAUGGAAUAGCUUUGGGUCAACGUUUGCUAUCGCGGGAAUAUCAAUCAGUGAGGAAAGAAAAGAUAGUAAUGUCGUGUCAUUUUACUCUCCCUUUGGAGAACUUUUAAGAGUAUUGAAAGUGCCUGGAAAAGAACUAAGUUGUUGUUCAUGGGAAGGAGGCUCUCUGAGAAUCUGUCUUUCGGUGGACUCCAACAUCUAUUUUGCCAACAUUCGUCCACAUUACAAGUGGGCCUAUUUCGGCAACACAGUUAUCUUUACCGAUGAGAAGGUUAGCAGAGACGGUGUUUGCGUUACGUUCUGGAACACCACAACGAAUGCCCGCUACUCGAAGUACGUAAGGUACGUCAUAGCAAUCGGAGCUUGCGGUGAGCACUGCGUCAUCGCUGCGCAAAACGAUUCGGAUCAAGCAGACGAACGCUACGUGCUCUACGUAUGCAAUGCGAUAUCAACGCCAGUGGACACGAAAUUUUUAGAUUUCGAACCACACCAAGUGGCAAUGAACAACAGCAUAGUGGUUGUCGCAUCAAAGAGUAAUUUCCUGCUGUGGACUUUCCGAUCACCGAGAAGUUCCGGCCUCAACGUUGCCAGAUCACGCCGCGAUAGAUUCUACCACGUAGACGACACGCCGAGUGGAGUGACUGAAACUAUGCAAGACCUGGACCAACGUGACAAAAUCGCCGAUCGUCCAGUUGCCAGGAAAGAGAGCAGCGAUCCUAUCCGCAGCCUCAGCAUUACCGACAAAUUACUACUCGUAGGUCGAGAUUCCGGCAUGAUCCAACAGUAUUCGCUUCCUCAAGUGACGCUAACGAAGCGCCACUCAACGGGACGUCGUCCCUGUCAGAUCUUCAUCAACUGCGACUCGACGAUGGCUGCGAUUAUAGACGCGCACUCAGUGAUGCGAUUGCAGGAGCUCGGCUCGGCCGGCGCCGCAACAAAGUCAUCCGAUGCCUCUUUCGUCGUCGCCGGGUCAAGAUCUAGGGACGAAGACGUUAAUCGAUUUGAGCGAAAGGACGCAUGGGCGGUGUGCUGGGCUCAGGACAACCCGCGCCUGGUCGCCGUCGUCGAGAAGAGUCGCAUAUACAUCUUCAGGGGUCUGGAACCAGAAGAGCCCAUCAGCUGCUCCGGCUACGUGUGCUGCUUCCGCGACCUCGAGAUCCGUUGCGUGCUGCUGGACGAGCUGGUGCAGAAGCUCCAGGAAGCUCGCAGUGAGCUCGUGGUCGAGCUCCAAGUCAAGUCGCUGAGAGACACGCGAGAGCUGCUCAAGAGCGUCGGCCUGCGCGAAGCCGAGGAAUUCGUGCGCGACAAUCCGCACCCACGCCUCUGGCGACUGCUGGCCGAGCACGCGCUGCGCCAACUCGAGCUCGACGCGGCGGAGAGCGCCAUGGUGCGCUGCGCCGACUAUCUGGGUAUCCGGUUCAUCAAGCGGCUGCGCGGCGUGCGGGAGCCAGGCUUGCAACGUGCCGAGGUGCUCGCCUUCCUCGGCGACCACGAGGCAGCCGAGCAGGCUUACCUGGACCUCGAGCGCCGCGAGCUCGCGGUCGAGCUGAGUCAGCGACUCGCCAAUUAUCCGCGGGCCUUGCAGCUGAUGCGCCUCGGCAGUGGCGAUGCUUCGGCCGCAACGUCCGACGCGCAGCUAGAGACAGCCCGACUGCGCUUGGGCGGCCAGUUGGCGGCUCGACAGCAGUGGGCAGCGGCUCGCGAGCACCUCGCGCUGGCGACGAGCGGCGCGGACCUGGAGCGUCUACUCGAGUGCCAUUACCGGCUGGAGGAAUACGAGGAGCUGGCAGCCCUGGCUACUCGACUGCGAGACGGGUCGCCGGAGUUGCUGAGAGCCGCGCGUAUGCUGGCCUCGGUCGGCAUGUGCCAGCCGGCUGUCCAGUGCCUGGUGCGCUGCUCGGAGGUUCGCCAGGCGGUGGAGGUGUGCGUGCGCUCGAACCGCUGGGACCAGGCACUCGAGCUCGCGCGUAACUGGCGGCUGCCCGGGAUCGCCGAGCUCCUCGGCAAAUACGCGCGGCAUCUGCUAGCCAGUGGUCGGCGACUCCAGGCCGUGGAGCUUUACCGCAAAGCCGAGAGGCCGCUGGAGGCGGCCGAGCUGCUGCUCGAGUUAGCCGAGGAGCAGGCGAGUCAGGGGGCACCACCCCUGCGACUGAAGAAGCUGUUCGUGCUGGCGGCUCUGCUGGCGCAGGAAGCUGCGGAGGCUGGGCAGCGACUCGGAAGCUCGGACCACUCCAACUUGCUGGAGCGCGCGUGGCGCGGGGCCGAGGCCUAUCAUUUGCUAUUGCUGGCCCAUCGACAACUUUACGCCCAGAAUUACGAAGCGGCGAUGCGCACGGCUUUGAGGCUGCGAGAGUACGAGCCGCUUCUCGAACCGCGGCCUCUCUACGCUCUGUUGGCGCUUGCGAGUUGCGGCUCGAAGGUGCUGGUCACCUGCUCGCGGGCACUGGUGCGCCUGGAGGCCGUCGAUCCACGUUACGAGGAGCUCGCGCUUGAGAUCUUUGCCAGGUACCCAGUUCGUGACUCUCAACCGCCGCCGCGACAAGAGUGCACCUACUGCGAAAGCCUCGUGCCCGAACAUUGCAUCGUCUGUCCUAAUUGCUCCACUCCGUUUACGGCUUGUAUUGUCACUGGACGACCACUCAUGAAUCCAACCACUGCCUGGUUAUGCACUGUGUGUAAACAUUAUGCCGCGUCGGAACGUGAUGUACUUAAUGUCAAUGGAUGUCCGCUUUGUCAUAGUAUUAUUACUUACAUGUAAAUCUAGUUGGUCAAAUUUAUUAUAUUUUUAUUUAUUUGUUAUGCGUGUAAGUAGAUCUUGGGUAGUCUUUUAAAACUUUCACUCUUGUACCGAAAUGCAUUUACUGUCAACGAUUCCGUCCUUGUCGGGGUGUAUAAUUCUUGAUUCAUAAAAUGUUAAAUUUGUGAGCUCCUUUAUCUUGU